UAGACGGAGUAAUCCCAAGCAGGAACACACUGGGCUUCCACGAUGAGAGAGAUAGUGCAUGUUCAAGCCGGCCAGUGUGGUAACCAAAUCGGUGCUAAGUUUUGGGAAGUGAUCUCAGACGAACAUGGUAUAGACCCGUCAGGUUCAUUCAACGGCGACACGAAAGCACUACAACUAGAAAGAAUAAAUGUUUACUACAGUGAAGCAUCAGGUUACAAAUAUGUUCCCCGUGCAGUCCUUGUCGAUCUCGAACCUGGCACCAUGGACUCAGUACGAUCCGGUCCAUUUGGUGGGCUAUUCCGUCCAGAUAACUUCGUCUUCGGACAAAGUGGGGCUGGAAACAACUGGGCCAAGGGUCACUACACAGAGGGCGCUGAAUUAGUCGACUCAGUCCUCGAUGUCGUGCGAAAAGAAGCCGAGAGCUGCGACUGUCUUCAAGGAUUCCAGUUGACACACUCCCUAGGGGGUGGCACUGGGUCCGGCUUGGGCACACUCCUCAUCAGCAAGAUCCGUGAAGAAUACCCAGAUCGAAUCAUGAUGACAUUCUCGGUUGUACCAUCACCAAAGGUAUCAGACACCGUUGUCGAACCUUACAAUGCCACGCUGUCCAUUCAUCAACUGGUCGAGAACACCGACGAGACUUACUGCAUCGACAACGAGGCCCUCUAUGACAUCUGCUUCCGUACCUUGAAGCUCAGUACACCAACGUACGGCGACCUGAAUCACCUCGUCUCGGCCACAAUGUCAGGCGUCACAACAUCGCUCCGUUUCCCUGGACAGCUCAACGCCGAUCUCCGGAAACUUGCUGUCAAUAUGGUGCCAUUCCCACGUCUUCAUUUCUUCAUGCCAGGAUUUGCUCCACUCACUGCACGAGGAAGCCAGCAGUACAGUUCCCUCUCAGUUCCCGAGCUUACGCAGCAGAUGUUUGAUGCCAAGAACAUGAUGGCCGCCUGUGACCCACGACACGGACGGUACUUGACUGUCGCUUGCAUGUUCCGUGGCCGAAUGUCCAUGAAAGAAGUCGAUGAACAAAUGCUAGCAGUACAGAACAAGAACAGUAGUUAUUUUGUUGAGUGGAUCCCACACAAUGUGAAGACAUCUGUCUGCGACAUUCCACCGCGUGGUCUCAAGAUGUCUGCCACGUUUGUCGGGAACAGCACUGCCAUCCAAGAGCUAUUCAAGCGAAUUUCGGAGCAGUUUACUGCUAUGUUCCGUCGUAAGGCUUUCCUACAUUGGUACACGGGUGAGGGUAUGGACGAGAUGGAGUUUACGGAGGCGGAAUCUAACAUGAACGACUUAGUGUCGGAAUAUCAGCAGUACCAAGAUGCGACUAUCGAUGAGGAGGGAGAAUUUGCAGAAGAAGAGUUAGAUGAUGAGGAAUCAUAGAGCUGGGCAUAGAACACAGACUUUGUAUAAAAAGAUUUGGAUUGUAACGCCAAAUCUUAAGUUGAUGUCAUCUAGUAACUUCUGUUGUGGCCGAGUAUGCUGCUGCUAUGAUGUCGAACUGGUACCUGGCAGUGGGGGAGAUGAUUCAAAAUUGAAAACGUUUUCAAAUUUGUACCUUCUCCCUAACUGCCUGGUUCCAGGUUUGAUAUGCAAUGGAUCUGCCUAAAGGCCAAAUGUGUUGUUCACCUCCAAGCUUGGACUUGCAGUCAUAUCAUAGUCUGGGUUUGUCUUAUUCAAUAUUUAUAAGGGUUUUUUUUGUUCUUUUAUUUUACCGGGUAUUUGUCUGAACAACUCAAGGGCCUACCGAUAACAGAGGCAGAGGUGCAAUUCUGGGCCACGUUGGUUAGAUGAUGAUGAUGAUGAUGAAUAUAUAGUGAUUAGGCUCUGCUUUAGUUCAGGAUCUGACAUCCUGUAGAAAUUUUCGUUUGGAAGGUGCAAACCACAAGAGCAUUUUAUGAACACAUUCUUAAACAUUGUGGCUAUCAAGCGGCGGCUGAUGCAGAAUUUUGUAACCAAUGGAUCUGUCCAUCAGAUGAUCUCAUAUGGCUGCGUAUGGACUGUUUACAUGCAGCAUUUUUUCCUCAAUCCGUGUUUGCUCGUGACCGUGUGACCCCGCUUCUAGCAAAAUGGACCUUUGGUUGGCUUAGUAUUGGAUGCUUGCCCAUUGGUUGUAACAGGAAACAUGCUACGAAACUAAUGGAAACAAAGUAACAAGGGAACAUCCUAUGGAUACGUAGCCCAACAGUUCGACAAACAUUUCGUAUAUCACGCAUUGAUAUUUUUAGAUUGGUGUAUGUUUGUCACCGCAUACUCUUGCCAUAGCAAUGCUUAUCAAUUUGUGCACGACUCCUCAGUGGACGUGGAAUCUCUUGAAAUCUGCAUUUAAAAAUAUCAAGCAAUUCUACUUAGUUUAUAUCCUACCAUUUUGAUAAUUAAGAAACCCGUUGUUCUUGGUCAUGAGGGUCAUCACCUGGCGUUACCCACUGCACCAAAGUAGGUGGAAUGUGCUGCAUCACGUCUUGGUCAUGGUGGUCAUUACCCACUGCACCAAAGUAGGUGGAAUGUGCUGCAUCACGUCUUGGUCAUGAGGAUCAUUACCCACUGCACCAAAGUAGGUGGAAUGUGCUGCAUCACGUCUUGGUCAUGGGGGGGUCAUUACCCACUGCACCAAAGUAGGUGGAAUGUGCUGCAUCACGUCUUGGUCAUGGGGGUCAUAACCCACUGCACCGAAGUAGGUGGAAUGUGCUGCAUCACGUCUUGGUCAUGGGGGUCAUUACCCACUGCACCAAAGUAGGUGGAAUGUGCUGCAUCACGUCUUGGUCAUGAGGGUCAUUACCCACUGCACCAAAAGAGAUGGAAUGUGCUGCAUCACAGAUUCACGUGAUGGUGCAGGAGACCAUUGUGUCUUGAUAUAUAUACGUAUCUAGAUACCUGUCUAUUGUCAACCAACCAUUUGCAACAUGUGCUCAUCAGUUUGUAAUGAAUCACUGGCAAAUAGUCUUUUGAUUUAGUUGCUCGGUCUGUGAACGGAGCCGUUUCAUUGUCCCUACUGUAAAGUUGUCGUAUUGUGUCGAAAUGUGUGACAGCCCAUGCUUGUUGAAUGUAAAGAAUUAGAGGGAGACUAUGGGUAGAAGCCAGGUGGGCCAGCUUAAGUUACUCGAAGUGACCAAUAGGUGUCUCUGUUAUCUGGGCAUGGGACUAUUCAUACUUGCACAAGGAGUAUUGUCAUCCCCUUGCUCAAACCAGGCCCAGGGCUAGUGCCCUUAACAGGGCAUAUUGGUGAAUGGGAUACCAACAGUUUGGCUCCCAAGCUCUUGGCUGUAGUCCCCCUUUAAUGAAUCAACGAAAUUGCUACAUGUGAAUGUUGUAAAUCAAAGCAGCACUUGUAACCAAGAAUUUGCUCAUGUAAUCGAAGAUAAACUGUAAUGAUGUAAGUGGAAGGAAUGAUUUGAACAAUAGGAGGUUUGCAAGCUUACAUUCGACAUUUUUGAUAAUGACUGGAGGACGUCAUGACAUCAAGAUUGGUGACAACAAAAGGCGCGAGGUUGAAAAUGUUGUUGAUUUACCUUUUGAGUUCAGCCAGCACUUAAAUCUAUUAUUUAAGCAUCUUUUUGUUUUAUCAGCAAGCUAUCAUAUCCAUUGAUAAAUAAGUUAAAUUCGAACCGAAUCGUUUGAUUACAAAGGUAAAAGGUUUUGCUUUGAUCAGUAAUUGUAAAUUCACUUGUCAGGUAAGCGCUUUCAUGCUUAAAAAAUCCUUUAUAGUCGUUUUGAAAAAAACAUUGUAAUCCUAAAAGUAAUGUUGCUGGACCUCACUAGCAUGAUAUUGGUCAAUCAGCACGGUCCUCGAUGUAUCAUAAUCAUAUAGAAUGCUUUUCAUCAUAACUAUAACUAAAAAAAAAACAUUUUUUUUUGUUUUAGUUAUAGUUUGUUUGAAAUAUAUACACAUACAUUGUAUACCAGUACUAUCACUACAUGUAUAUCAUAGUCAUAUUCAUUUUCAAGAAUCAUCAAGAAUUAUUUAUUUGUUCUUGUCACGAUAUAUCAGCGAGCUUCACAUAACUAGACCUCAAGAAAUGAUCUGUACAAUUAGUGCAUACAUCUUAGCUCUAGUUGAUAUGAAGCAUGUAUCUGUCAUAUAAUCUUCAAAGAAUUUAUGUUCUUUAUUUGUAGGCCCUGAUUAAUAGCAUUUAGAUUGAAAAAAAUCCAUUUUAUAUUGUCUCAUUGUAACUUCUCUUUGCAUUUACAUGAGAAGUUGUCUCUCCAGGACUUCUUGUUCAUAUCUAAUAUAUGAAGUUACGAACUUGAUUUGUUGCAUUUACAAUUAGAUUAAACUUUGGUUAUCGAUUUUUUUUUUUUAAACAUGAAUGAAAACUUUUAAUUUCUCAAGGGUGUUGGAAGAAAUUAUUCAACUGUUAAAAAUGAUCUGUUAUAUGAUAUUUCAUCACUAGAAUUGUACAUGUAUAAUGCACAAUGGUAAAGAACCUCCCACUUUUGGCUUUGUCAGUCAUGUACUUGGGUCAGCAGUUGCUCAAUUAGUAGAUUGUGGAACCUAGUAUCAGUAACUGAUCAACAUACAGACGAGAGAAAUGUUAGUAGCACUUUUGUUAACUUGGAGACUCUUUGGUCUGGUGAAUUAUUAGAUUAUUACAGUAUUAUAAAUUGCAUGCAAAUUUGGUGCUCCCAUUUAACUAUGCUUUUACUUGCUCUUAUUCUAGGUGCUAUCAAAACAGAUAGGAUUUGAUCUGAUUUUGGUGCUAAAGUAAGUCAGAAAUCGUUUGAAUUGAUGACUCUGUGUAACAAUUUGUAUACAUGUAUUUAGAUUUCAGUUUUCUUAUGCAAUUACAGCUUGUUAAUCAGUGUGCAAUUUUGUACAGCCAUUAAGAAAGUAUUAUGAUUGAAUGAUUACAUACUGUUGAUACCAUUACGUUUGUUGGUUUAAUGCAAAUCUAAGUGACAGU